AUGGGGGAGUGGGCAAAAAAAGUGAAUUAUGCUCUUGUCAAAUCUCAUCCUGUUUCUCCCUCUCCGUUCGGGGCAGAUGUCCAUGUUUCUGUGCCGUUCGGGAACGGGAGAGCAGUUGAACGCUGUUUUCUCUGGUGUUUGUUCCACAGGAGCUGGUUUCUGCUGCUGGUGUUGGAUCCGCUGUGGAGGAUGAGCAGCCCUUCUCCCUUCUGCAGGUCGCUGUCGGAGGAGAGGCCCGUUGCUGCCCUGUGGGGCUGCCAGCUGAACACGGGCACUCGGAGCUGCGUGGUGAAGGAGGACGAUGACUUCUUGGAGCACCUGGUCCUGCUGAGAACGAUCUGCCUGGGGGCUGAGGCCAGGGACGAGCUGCACGUGGUGGCUGUUGAUUCGAAAAACACCUACGGGGACCACAAGCCGGUGCCCAUCGCGGCGCUGCGGACCUCGGUGCUCCCCAUGAUCAGUCUCAAAGGUCUGGAGCUGGUCCCUCCCGUCACCUUUGUGCUCAAGUGUGGAGCUGGACCAGUCUACCUCAGCGGGCAGCACGUCACCCUGGAAGAUGAUGCCAAGUCCGAAGCCCAUGAGGAAGAGCUCUCGGAGGAAGACGUAGGCGAUGAGGAUAAUGAUAGAGCAUCGUAGAAUAGCUGCAGCUCGGAGAGGACUUCACGGCUCUGGGAGUGGAGCUGGCAUGACGGUGAUGGUGGGGACACCCUGCGCCAGGAGUGCAAGUGCCUCGUGCCAGAUGGGACGGAUCCUUGCAGGGGGACACAAACUGUCUGGGCUUUGAAUGUCGUCCCUUGUCUCCUCUCCCUGCCCCCUCCGUUCCUACCACGCUCCCAGAAAUGCUCUUUCUUCCUUUUAUUGCAAUAACAAUGGGAAAGUGCAAAUACCCUGGAGUUAGUCUGGACUGUGCUCUGGUACUCCGGCGCCAGCCUGCUCUUGCCUGCUGCCCUGUCCCUGCCUGCCUGCUGCCCUGUCCCUCCUGCCUGCUGCCUCCCAUGGCUCCCUGCCUCCUCUCGGGAAAACAUAUUCCAUGUGUGCAGUGGCCGUGAUGCCGUGGGUCACACUG